CAGAGGAACACAGACAGACAGGAGCUGCAGGAAAACUAGUAUUCAUUUGUACAGGUGUCAGCACCGUGGAGAGCUCGUAUACAACUCAGGAGUGAAAAAACACCUCAACCACAGUCAUGACUAUACUAAGCAGCUGUCAGAUGCUUCUCUUGAUUGCGGUCUGCAGUGUGUUCUGCUGCAGGACUCUUGCGCUGCCUGUAAUCUCGUCAUAUUCUGACAUGAGAUCAGGUGGUCUUGAUGAAGAUGACUGGAGCAGAGACCCGUCACUACAAGAUCUAGAUGCAUAUAAACUCCUGUAUGACAUCGCAAACACAGUUGAGAGACCAUCGAGACACGCUGAUGGACUGUUCACUAGUGGAUACAGCAAACUGCUUGGCCAACUUUCUGCAAAAGAAUAUCUUGAGUCGUUGCUUGCAAAGAGAGUCAGUGAUGAGUUGGGUGUGGAGCAGAUGCCAGUGAAACGUCACUCAGACGCCGUCUUCACAGACAACUACAGCCGAUACCGUAAACAGAUGGCGGCCAAGAAAUAUCUCAACUCCGUUUUAGCAGGAAAAAGGAGGUGAUGCACUCUUUGAUAUACUCUUUAACAUAUUCUAUAGGUGAUAUGGACUACAAUACUUCACGCAUUCAACUCUUUCUCUAUAUUGAUACUAUAAACCAAAGCUUACAGAUCUUUCAUAGGCUGAAACAGAAUUCACAAACACAACACAAACUCAUUUAAAUCACUAUAAUUCAGACUCAUCUGUAUUGGUGUAACAAAGACAGCUUGUUAAAUGAUAUUUUCUGACCUUUUUUUGUGUUGUUGACAAAGCCGUUUCAUCUACCGAGAUCUACUCCUGAUAAAUGAACUCAGAAUAAAACAAUAAAGA